AUGCACCAGGCGCCGACAGACCUCAAGUCGAACUUGCGUCGCUCCUAUGCGAAGUUCUCUCAGGACCACAUCGAGGCAUGUCACAAGCCACGGGAGUACAAGGCGACGCUGUUCGCGCUCUGCUUUUUUCAUGCCCUGGUGUUGGGCAGGAUCAAGUUUGGUCCACAGGGUUGGUCCAAGAAGUAUCCCUUCAACGAUGGAGAUCUGACAAUAUGUGCCCAGGUGCUGUGCAACUACCUCAAUAACUCUGAGAAGAUUGGCACCGAAGUUCCCUGGCCAGAUAUCAGAUACAUCUUUGGAGAGAUCAUGUAUGGUGGUCACAUCACAGAUCAAUGGGAUCGAAGAGUUUGCAACACGUACCUGGAGACCCUGGUCAUUCCAGAGCUACUCAGCAACAUGUCGCUGGCGCCGGGGCUAAAGUCUCCAGAUGCGUCAAAGAUGGAGUACACCUCAUACCAGAAAUACAUCGAGGAGCGCUUUCCGCCAGAGAUGCCGCAGCUCUUUGGUUUGCAUCCAAAUGCCGAGAUUGGGUUCCUCACCAGUCAGGGUAUCAACAUAUUCAAAACAGUUCAGAUGGUGUCCGGGGCCGACAGCGGUGCGGCCACCCUGGACCUCUUGGCUUGUAUACCUCUCAUAGCCAAGUACAAAGACGAGCUUCCUCCAGACUUGGACAUGCCGGAGAUCCGGGGCAGGCUGCGGGAAGAGGAUUACACUCCCUACGUCAUCACCUCUCUUCAGGAGAGUGAUCGCAUGAACCUCCUCGUCGGAACGAUCAGAAAUUCUUUAACAGAGCUCGAGUUGGGCAUUAGCGGUGCUCUGAACAUUACGGAAGGGAUGGAGGCGCUCUCCACAUCCCUGCAGCUGAAUCGCGUCAAUGACGCAUGGCAAAAGCUCGCCUAUCCGUCUCUGAAGCCGCUGUCUGGUUGGUUUGCAGAUCUUCUGGGCCGAAUGCAGCAGCUGGUGGAGUGGACCAACGAGAGAUCAGGUCUGCUGAAAUCGAUUUGGAUUUCUGGGCUCUUCAACCCAAUGGCCUUUCUUACAGCAGUCAUGCAGGUUACAGCCAGAAACAAGCAGCUGCCGCUGGACUACAUGACAAAUAGAGCAACCGUGCUGAACAUCCUGGACCCCACCGACAUUGUUGGCUUGCCAGCAAAUGGUGUACACAUACACGGGCUGUUUCUGGAGGGGGCCAGCUGGGAGGAAGGCAAGGGCGACGAUGAGGGCUACAUCUCUGACAGCAAGAUGAAAGAGCUUCAUCCAGAGAUGCCUGUGGUCAACAUCUUCUCGGUUCACAUUGCUGAAAUGAGUUGGGAGAACAUAUUGACCAGCAGCGUCUCCAAUCGUCGCCAUGCUCGCAACGCACGGGCUGCUAGUGAAGCCCGAACCUCCGUGGGCGGGUCUGGCAGUGCUAUGUCCGAGACCUUGGUUGCCAAAGGCAGGGGCCUUGGGAUAAAAUAUCACCCCGCUCCUCCUCAUUCAGGGUAUGCGGGUAUGCUGCUUGACCAAAGGCAGCUUUUCGAUACGAAAAAUCAGCAGGGAGAGCUGCCAGAGCUGCCCUGCAGGAUCAGCAAGUGUAUGACACCUGCGGCAAAGAGGCCAGUCGACGUGUUCUUGCACAGGGUGGAUUUAGCGAGGGCUGCUUUCAAGCUCGCAGUCGAAGUCAUUUACACCUUGAGAAGAACGGAGUACAAGAGUAUGAACAACCGUGAACACUACACGCAUGUGCUUGCACUAGAGCGGUCUGCAAUGUUUCCUGGCGGGUCCUUGUCCCCGGCAGAUCGCUACCUUGCCAAAAACAACCUGGUAGACGCGAGCAAGAGCGAUGAGGUCUUCCUUGGGCUCAGAUUGGCUGCCAUCCGCAGGACGUUUGAAGCUGCUGGAAUCAUGGUGGCCGCCAAUCCACCGCCGAGCUUUGCGCGACAAGAGCUACAAAAGAUACUGCUCCGAGAAGGCCCAAUGGCAUUUCAUGCGUUUCUGGACGACUGGGGCAUUCGAUUGAGACCAGAAGAUCUCUUCGAGCUCUCCUGGUUCCUGAUGCCAGGGCCACAUGGUGAAGAGCAUAUCUUCCUGGUGCAAGUCCCUGAUGCCGAUGAGGCAUGUUGGGCAAACAAUGCUGGAUCUGAAGCCUGGGACGUGGCUUGGGCAACCCCAUCGGACUUCCUGGAGUUGCACAGGCAGCACGAGCUGGAACUGACUCUGGCGCAGUGGUACGUGAUCCAUGAGCUUGCCAACAGCCUGCCACUGAUCUCUGCUCUGCCAGACCUUGCCAAGUCCCGUACUUCGUCGCUGUGGCGGGCACGGGCACUGCCACUGAGCCCAUGCAGUGGCCUGGGUGAAGAGGAGCCUUGUUUCCUUUUGCCUGGUGAUGAACAUCACGAAGGCUGUCCCGGUGGGAACGGUGAGCGACAUCGCUUUUGGAUGAAGGCGGCAGGACCACAGCUGAGAGUGCAGCGACUUGAGCGGACCGUACCCGAUGCUCUCUCCAGUCGUCUCUGA